AUGGCGCCGGGCGAGUAUGCCUCGGUAGGGUCGGGCAAGCUCAAGCUCAAGGGCGUCAAGGACUCCAAAGUGGACAAGAAGAAGAAAAAGAAGUCCAAGCCCAAGGACGAAACGGAGGGCAGCAAUGGCGAGAAAGGCACUUUUCAUGACAACUCGGUCAUGCUGAAAAACUUGCAAGACGAAGACGCGGAGUUUGCCAAAGAAGAACGACCAAGGAUAGGCCUCGACGAGGGCAAGGAAGUUGGACCGGCCACAGGCUCGGACGGCGACGAGGCGACGACGAUUGUCAAGACGGAGGCGGAGAGACGGUACGAAGAACAGAGACGCAAGAGGUUGGAGGAACGACUCAAGCGAGAAGGCAUUAAGACACAUAAGGAGCGAGUGGAGGAGUUGAAUCGCUAUCUCAGCAGCCUCAGCGAACAUCAUGAUAUGCCGCGCAUCGGGCCUGGGUAA